UCCCACUCUGCUCUUGACAGCUCUCCCUUGCAGAGCCGCAGCCGAGUCCCGUGGGUUCGGGAACCUGUAGCCCCGUUCUCCGCGCGUCCCCGUCCCCCCGUGGCUCUGGCCCUGGCCAUGAAGCGCAUCUUCUCCUGCUCCAGCUCACAGGUGGCGGUGGAGAGAUGGAACCGCCACGAUCAGAAGCUGCUGGAGGCGGUGCAGCGGGGGGAUGUGGGACGCGUGGCUGCGCUGGCCUCGAGGAAGUCGGCCCGACCCACCAAGCUGAACUCGAGUGGCCAGUCCUCAUUUCAUCUGGCAGCCGCCAAAGGCCUGACAGAAUGUCUGACUAUCCUGCUUGCAAACGGGGCUGACAUCAACAGCAAGAACGAGGACGGAAGCACUGCUCUGCACUUGGCCACCAUCUCCUGCCAGCCCCAAUGUGUCAAAGUCCUGCUGCAGCAUGGUGCCAAUGAAGAUGCCGUGGAUGCCGAGAAUCGCAGUCCGCUGCACUGGGCAGCCUCCUCUGGCUGUGCCUCAAGUGUUCUCCUGCUGUGUGACCACGAAGCCUUCCUGAAUGUCCCAGAUAACGAUGGACGGACGCCCCUGAUGAUUGCCUCACUGGGUGGCCACGCAACUAUCUGCUCCCAGCUCCUGCAGAGAGGUGCCCAAGUUAAUGUCACAGACAAGGAUACCAAGUCGGCUCUGAUCCUGGCCUGUGAGAAAGGCAGCGCUGAGGUGGCCGAACUGCUCCUGAGCCACGGAGCAGACGCAGGGGCGGUGGACAGCCAGGGGCACGACGCUCUGCAUUAUGCUCUGCACACAGAGGACCGGGAGCUGUGGAGGCUGCUUCGGCAGGCCCUGCAACGGCAGGGGCGGCAGGGAGGUCAGGGGCUUGUUCAACAUCCAGAUCUUGCCUCCCAGGCUCCUCCCGUGGGUUCUCCACCCAAGAGCCCAUGGAGAGCAGAGCCCGAGGAAGAAGAGGAGGAAGACCCAGGUUCGGAUGAGUGGAGGUGGAAGUAUGAGGAGGAGCAGAGGAAGGUUUCUCAGUUGGAGCGGGAGCUGGUGCGAAAGACGGAAGAGAGUGAGGCUCAGGCUGCAGCCUUUCUGGGCCUGGAGAACGGGGUUCGAGAGCAGGUGCAGGAACUGGGGCUCCUCCUAUUCCAACAGCCUGGAGCUCCAGGAGGGCAGGGCCCUAGUCUUCGGCCUGAAGGGGACGGCAUGGAGCAGGGCUGUCCCUUGGGCCUGCUGGCUGAGCGCAUUCAGGAGCUAAAGAAGCAGCAGCAGGCCUCAGCCACAACCGCGGCCAACCCACUGUUAGCUUCUAAGAGGGCUGAAGACUUAGUCUCCUGGGAGACCCAGUGUGAAGCCUCGGGAGGGGCCCAACUGGAAGAACAGGGCCCCCUCCAGAGCCCAACGUCUGAGGCCAUCGGGAAAGCCACCAGUGGUGGACAGGCCCUUGGCCCUGAUCAUACCCACAGGCCACAUGCUGGCCAGCAAGAGAGGCCACAGGCUCCAGGGGCUGACCCACUGGGUGCCUGCGAUGUGAACCAGCUCCUGUUACAGUUGAGGGAGGAGCUGGCUGAGGUGUGGCGAGACAAGGAUGCUGCCAGAGGGGCUCUGUCAAGACCGGUCCUGGAGGGCACUCUGGUGACACCCCGGGCGGAGGCUGCAGCGGCUGCCUGGGAGAAGAUGGAGGCCAGGCUGGAGCAGGUGCUGGUUAGGCUGGAUCGCGCAAAGGCCGGAUUGCCCGUGAAGCCUGAGGCCCCUGCCCAGGAGCCCAGAGAGGGAGCCCCGCAGGAGGCCACCCCAGAAGAGAACAAAGCGGGGCAGCAAAGCGCUCCUGGGGUCCGGGGAGAGCCUUAUGGGGGCCCUGGAAGGGGACAGGUACCUGGAGGAGGUCUGGCCAAGGGGCAGCUGGAGAAGGAGGUGGCAGCACUGAGGCUGAGCAAUAGUAACCUGCUGGGGGAGCUGGGUGAGCUGGGGCAGGAAAGGCAGCGGUUGCAGGGAGAGCUGCAGGCCCUGGGCCGGCGGCUCCAGCGGGAUUUCGUCCCCAAGCCUGAGGCGCAGGUCCAGCUGCAGCAGUUAAGGCGGAGCGUGGGGCUGCUGACGGACGAGCUGGCCAUGGAGAAGGAGGCCACCGAGAAGCUGCGGCAGCGCCUGGCCUCCCAGAGCAGCGGCCUCCGUGGGCUGUGGGACUACCUGCCCCCCGAGCUGGUGGGCGAGGGCGGUGCAGGCCGCACGGCGGCCGAGCCCCUGGAGGAGCUGCGGGUCUGCAUCCGCGCCCUGGCCGACGGGCACCGCGGCGCGGACUUGGCGGCGCGGGCCGUGGAGCAGGAGCGCCAGGCGGCCGACGCUCGCGCGCGCUCGCAACAAUUCGAGAAGACGGCCGAGGUGCUCAGAGGCAAGGUGGAGCACCUCAUCGGGGCCUGCCGGGACAAGGAGGCCAAGAUCAAGGAAUUGUUGAAGAAGCUGGAGCAACUCUCAGAGGAGGUGUUGGCAGUGCGAGGAGAGAACGCUCGCCUUGCCCUGCAGCUGCAGGAUUCCCAGAAGAACCACGAAGAGAUCAUCUCCGCCUAUAGGAAGCACCUGCUAGAUGCUGCUCAGGGUUACAUGGAGCAAGAUGUGUACAAUAUCCUACUGCGAAUCCUCAGCAUACGGGAGGAGUGAGGUAGUUGCUGCCCGGAGGGGUGUGCGAUGUCCCCCAAUUUCUCCCUUGGAGUAAGAGUGUCUCUGAUUCCCAGAGGCUCCAUCAGGCUUUGGAGGAUGGGGGCAGGCGUGAGGAUGGCGUGGGUGGGGUUCCACCUGACAUUAUGGACCCCAGACCUGAGAACCUGAAGCCUGGAGUCAGCAUGGGUGAGACCAGAGGAGACGCACAGAGGCCAGCUCUAUGGAAAAUAAAGCAGGAGGUGGUGUGGU